AUGACCAUCGAACAAGACAUAAGGAGCAACCCUCCAUGCCAACCACGAGCAUGUGCUAUCCAGGGCUGUCUGACGAGGAAUGGAUUUGAUGAGGGUAAGUGCACCAAGUUUGUGGAUUCGCUUUAUGAAUGCUGCCAGGCAUUCUAUGCAAAUAAUGGCGACCACGCGAGAUCGGCAAGCUGCCCAAAGGCAGAUCUAUUGAGACUCAGGAUAGAGCAGAGAAGAGAACCCAAAUAA